AUGGCACCAUCAUUGGAUGACAUUGCUAUCAUUGGGAUCUCUUGUCGAUUCCCGGGUGCAGACUCUCCUUCCAAACUUUGGGAGAACCUGAUAAGUGCCAAAGACGUCCAGUCUGAGAUAGCACGAUUCAAUUCGAAGGGGUUUUACAAACCUGAUGGUGGCCCACGAAAAGGGUUGACAAACGUCCGACACGCCUAUCUUAUUGAGGAAGGAAUUGAUCGAUUCGACAAUGCUUUCUUCAAUAUCUCUCCUCUUGAGGCCGAGGCGAUGGACCCACAACAGCGUAUCUUAUUGGAAAUUGCUUAUGAGACCGUCGAGAAUGCUGGUAUUCGCCUUGAAGAUUUUCAAGGCAGUGACACUGCUGUUUUUACGGCGUCAAUUGUCAAUGAUUAUCAUGCAAGUCUUCUCAGAGACAUCGACCAGACACCCAAGUACCAGGCGACUGGCACAUCAAACGCAAUUCUUGCCAAUCGCAUCAGUUAUGUCUUCGACCUACAUGGAGCUAGUCUCUCUAUUGACACAGCUUGCUCCGGUACACUUGUUGGGCUUCAUCAAGCAAUAGCUGCUCUCAAGGCCGGAGAAUCGAAGAUGGCUCUUGUGUGUGGUGCGAAUCUAAUCAUCAGUCCUGAUAUGUUUGUACACAUGUCAGAACUGGGAUUUCUCAGCCCUUCUGGUAGAUGUCGAUCAUUCGACGCCUCCGGUGACGGAUACGCGCGGGGAGAAGGCGUAGCCGGCAUCCUCCUAAAGCGGCUUUCCGACGCGCAGAGAGAUGGGGAUCCAAUUCGUGCUGUCAUUAAAGCCACAAGACUGAACCAGGACGGGAGGACGCAAGGAAUGACCAUGCCAUCAGGCGACGCGCAAAGACGUAACCUAGAGGCGCUGUACAGCCGCACAGAGUUGGACCCAGGUAGCAUCCAAUAUGUGGAAGCUCAUGGUACCGGUACUGCAGUGGGAGACCCAAUUGAGAUGGGAGCAAUCGAUGCCGUCUUUGGAAAGUCCCAUACCGAAAGAAAGCUCAUAGUUGGGUCUAUCAAGAGUAACAUUGGCCAUCUCGAGUCUACUGCUGCUCUUGCCGGAAUAAUAAAAACAGUGUUGGCAAUGGAAAGAGGUCAGAUCCCUCCACAGAUGCAUUUCAAGAAGCCUAACCCGAAAAUCAAUUGGGACCGAAUUCUCGUACCUACGGACUCAAUAGCAUGGCCAGCAACAGCGACAGGAGUGCGUCGAGCGGGAGUCAAUUCUUUCGGAUUUGGAGGCACCAAUGGCCACGCCAUCUUGGAAUAUGAUCCGUCACUGGAGAAAACAUCACCGGUUUUUAAAGAUAGACCGUACCUUUUCAAAGUAUCUGCAGCCAAUGCAGCAUCAUUGCAGCUGACAGCGGCCUCUUUAGCGACGUACGUUGAAACGGUGAAACCGAAUCUCGGCGACUUAUGUCAUACGCUACUCGCACGUCGUUCAACUUUGCGGCAAUCCUGCUAUGUCGUUGCAUCUUCUCAUGAAGAGCUCAUUGACAAGUUGAGAGCAGGGCAAUCAAAACUCCUGACACGUAGUAACAAGCUAGUGGAAAAGACUGCCUUUAUCUUCACUGGUCAAGGCGCACAAUGGCCGGAAAUGGGAAAACAGCUAUUGAAGUGCUCUCCCCUCUUCAGAACCGUCAUCGAGAGGUGUGACGAAACUUUGGCUAAUCUCCCCGAUGGCCCAUCCUGGUCAAUCAUAGAAGAAUUGCAGAAACCCAAAGAGACAUCACGUCUACCCAAAGCAAGCUUCUCCCAACCAAUUUGCUCCGCUCUGCAAAUUGGUCUAGUUGAAAUGUGGAAAUCUUGGGGCAUUACACCGCAGGCAGUUGUCGGACACUCUUCCGGAGAAAUUGGCGCAGCAUAUGCAGCCGGCUUGCUGUCUCUGGAGGAUGCUAUUAUAAUCGCUUAUUACCGUGGCCUAUAUCUUGGCGAAAAUGCUCCUAUCAAAGUAGAGGGGCAAAAGAAGGGGGCCAUGUGCGCUAUUGGUCUCGGACAGAAUGAAUGCCACAGCUUGUUGCAAAAAUACAGCGGUCGUAUUGCCCUCGCCGCUGUGAAUUCGCCAAGUAGCUGCACUCUAUCUGGAGACGAGGAUGCUAUCAAGGAGGUUGUGGAGUCAUGUGCAAAAGACGGAACAUUCUGUCGAGCCCUUCGUGUCGAUAUGGCGUACCAUUCUCAUCAUAUGCUCCCACUAGCACCAGCAUAUGAAAAAGCCAUGCGAGCUGUAGGGGUAUGCAGCUCUGUGACAUCGAGCCAGACAUGCGAAAUGUUUUCGUCUGUUACUGGACGCCGGUUGUCAAAGGCCGAAGUGACCCCAGCAUACUGGAAGCAAAAUAUGGUUUCGACUGUUCAUUUUUCGACAGCAGUUUCGGAACUGGUCCAAAACUUCCAUCCAGAUGCUGUUAUAGAGCUUGGACCUCAUCCAGCUUUGAGUGGUCCAGCUCGCGAUACCAUGGCCAGUGCGGGACUAUCUGAGAUACUAUACUUCUCCUCAUGCUACAGAGGCAAACCUGACUUGGUUGCCCUUCUCGAAAGUGUUGGAGAGAUGAUUCCAACUAGCAUGCCUAUUGAUUGGAAAGCAGUGAAUGCUCUCGAAAUCGUGGAGAACACUCAUUUCAAACAUCAGGUAGGCAGGGUACUUACAGAUUUACCCAAAUAUCAGUGGGAUCACUCUUUAGUUCACUGGGGAGAGUCCCGACUUAGUCUGAACGUUCGAAACCGAGAAUUCCCUCGUCACGAGCUACUUGGUGCCAGAAUUCCUACGGAUAUUCCUCUUGCUCCAAGUUGGACAAACGUGCUUACAAGUUCAGAGGUAAAUUGGCUAAAUGAAGGCGUGGGCAGUACGCCGAAGACACUUUCGAUCACCAUUUUCGCCCUUAUGGCCCUCGAGGCUGCUCGUCAAGUCCAAAUUGCGAAUCAAGUUGAACUCCCAGUUGUAUGCUUAAAAGACGUGAACUUGAAAAAAGCCCUUGAACUGGGAGAUGGUCGCAUAGAAACACUAUUUCAUCUUCAUCAAACUGAGGAGAAAUUUCAAUGGCGAUUCGAAAUCUUCUGCUCAGCUGUUGGAAGGAUUGAUAAUACUUCUUGGACAAAGUGUUGCACAGGCACCUUCUCCUUCUCAGCGUGCAUGUCACAGAAAGAAAGUACCUCGCUUCAAGUGGUGAACGAUGAAGAGCUUCUCCGGUAUAUUCAGUCAUUCGACACCGUAAAAAUCCCACCUGUGGAGGACUUCAAUAUUUCUGCUCAGGGCGCUUCAGGGAAGUUUUGCAAGAAGAUUGAGGGAUAUGAGUGCUAUCCGGUGCACCCUAUUCUUCUGGCUCAAUUAUUAAAUGUUCCAGAGAUGUUGAUGCUCAGCUCAGAUCUACCCGCUUCAUAUUUUGUACAAAGUGUUGGCCUGAUUGAGCUUCCACUAGGGCACGGACAACUUGAAACUGGUUCUUUCGAGACAUCACUUCUCAAUCGCUCUGUCAAUGUUGGCUAUGCAAGUCUGAAACUGUCCAACCAGAAUGCAACCCUCAUGUCAAUCGACAGAAUACAAUUACAAAUGGAAGGACUGGUGAUGAAGCAGCCGCCGCUACAGUCGAAAUUCUUCAAACGUACAGUGCUACCAGAUAUCACGUACAUGCCACGCUCCUCUCAAAUGUCCGUCGACAGCUUGAUCAAACUCGUGACUCAUAAAUGGCCAAUGUGCGACUUUUGCUUAGUCGAUCUCGCAGCCGGUGAUAUAACUACUAUCACGUCAAGCAUAAGAGGGUUCAAACCAGGAGAGCGCCCCCAGUUUCGAUCUUUGGAUGUUGUUGGUAGCCAGGUGCCUGUUCUCGAUUCACCUCGAGUACGCAACUUAAAAGAGAUAGAGAAUUCUCGCAAAUUCCACCUAUUUGUUGGCCCAGUCAAAGCCAUGCGACCAAAAUUGCCUCCAGUUCUUCAAAAUGGAUUUGUUUGUCUUCGCUGGGAGGAUGAAGACGACGAAAUCUAUCUCCGGAACAAUUUUAUGGAAAUCUGUCCCGUCACAGGCCUUGGGAGCAACAAUUGGGUAAUCGCACGACCACAGCCCCCCCCAAAUGGUGUGAUCCAGCCUAAUAAGCUUUUGAUUUUCGCGACAUCUCACGUUGCUCCGGUCGUAUCUCAGGAGCAUACCAACUGUGAACUCGUACUUCUGGAUGAUCCCCAAUGUUUAGCCACUUGGAAGGGAAAUGUCCAGUCAUCCAGUGGAAUAGAUCCAUUCGAUGUCAUCGUCUUCGACAGUGAUGAAAAGUCACUUCUUACAAAGUGGUCUGGAGCUGAUUUACUUUCCUGGAUACGGCCUUUACUGCAACGAAUUGGCAGUCUGCUUUGGGUCUCAGAACAGCACAAGUCUGAUCCUUUCCAGGGUGUGGCUGCAAGUUUUGUUAAGACGCUGAAGGCGGAACAGCCAAUGCUUAAAGCCGCAAGUGUUGUGUUCCAAGAUUGCGGUGAUCAACUUUUCCUGGCAGAGACUGUAUUCGAGAUUUUCGAUCGAUUGAUACACAAUGAUGCUGAACAUGAACUCGUUGUGAAGGAAAAAGUAGUUCAUUGCGUGCGGUAUUACCCUGACGACGUUCUUAACGCUACAGUUGGCUUGCUUCCCCCGAUUUCUACCAACUUGUCUCUCCAAUCAAGGUCAUACUCUUUAAUGGUUACUGGUAGACAAAAAGUUACGCUAAUCAGUGAGAAAAAGGGUGUUGACGAGCAUGCACCCGACGGAGCAGUAAAGGUUCGGAUAGGCUUAUCUGUAAUAGACGAUGCGGACCUUGCUCAGUUUACUACAGGCUAUACUAUCACGGAAGAAUGCGGUCUUGGCCAUUAUUUCUACGGAAGUGUCAUCUCAUCACGGGAUGUACAGUUCCCACUGGGCUCAAAGGUCGUGGGAUGGUGCUCACAUGCUCAUAAAGAUACUGUUGACGUACCCCCGGACUAUUUGCAUAUCGUUCCAGAUAGCGUGCCGGCAGCCGAUGCUGUGGCCCAGUAUGCUGCUAUCACUACUGCGGUGUUACUUGUUCAUGGAGUUGCUAGGGCACGCCCUGAUGACUCGGUUGACAUCAAUAUCACAGGAAUCAUGGGUGAGGCACUGAGGAUUGUUUGCGACAAGUCGAACAUUUCAGUGGUAUCAAGCGAUCAGGCCAAGAGUGCAGACUUCGCGAUCUCUUUUGACCUCAAGAAUGGCUCGAUGCUCAACAACCGGCGAGCAAAUACAAUGAAAUUCAUCCAUACUUCUCAACUACGUGAACUAUCCAAUAAAAUAUUCUCCGAGUGGAAUGGAUCGACCAAUAAAAUCUCCGUGUUCACACUCCGAGACCACCAAAAAGCGUUUUGUGAUGCCAUUGAAAAUAGUCCCUUUACCAGUGUUAUUACGCAUGAGAAGAUGGACGAAAUUGAAGACGCGCUUGUCUGCUCAACGCGUCCGUUUCUGUUCCACAGUGACGGCGUUUAUGUUUUAAUAGGUGGUCUAGGAGGUUUGGGCCGGCAUAUUGCUCUCUGGAUGGCCGAGCACGGGGUUAGACAUAUCAUCACAAUGAGUCGAAGUGGAACGGAAUCCGAAGAGGCGCAAACGGCCGUUCAGGCUCUUCAGCAAUUUGGAGUGGAAGUUAAGGCACUCAAAAUUGAUGCAACGGACAUUGCAGCAGUGGAAGAUGCCCUGAGCCAAAUCCGCAAAGCUUCGCCAAUCCGAGGUUGCAUCAAUCUUGCCAUGAUCCUUGCAGAUGCUCCAAUUUCGACCAUGUCGCCUGAGCAGUGGGAUCGGGCAGUCCAAGUGAAGAUUCGAUCUACUUGGAACAUGCAUUUAGCCACCCUAGAGGAUAAGAUGGACUUUUUCAUAAUGUUUUCAUCCAUUUCUUCAAUCUUUGGCAACCGCACACAGUCCAAUUACGCGACGGGAAAUGCCUUUUUGAAUGAAAUGGCUACUUAUAGACACUCGCUUGGUCUCCCAGCUACUACCAUUGCUCUAAGCCCUGUCACAGGAAUCGGAGUCCUAGCGAAUAAUGAAGAGUUAUUGAGAACGUUCCGAGUCAGCGGCUUGGAAGCAUCAGAUGGUGAAGCCCUCCACAAGAUCAUGACAGCAGCUAUAUUAGAGUCGUCAUCCCAGGACAACUCUGUCAUAACCGUCGGAUUCCAGAUGUUCGAGACGAUGGAUGGACAGAUACAAGCAAGUCCGGAUCAAACACAAAUUUACUGGAAAGAAUACCCGGAAUUCUCUUCCCUAAUGGACCACAAAAUCAGCGAUGCUGGCUCUAGUGACAAAGUCUCUCUACGUGAGAAACUGUUACAAAGUCAAAGACCAGAGGGUGAGAAUUUCUUGUUAAAGGAGUUCAUGGCUUGCUUGCAGAAUAUCAUGGGCCAGGAUCAGCUAAGCUUUGAUCCUGAGUUGCCGCUUUCACAAUACGGUGUUGACUCACUGAAUGCAGUUGCCAUUCGAUACUGGUUCUUCAAAGAAUUGGAUCUUGACGUCGCAGUCUUCGAUAUUCUUGGCAGCAAAAGUAUCAGAAAACUGGUUGUUCGUGUUUACCAGAAACUCAGAGAUGAAGGUUCCAAGAACCAAGCUAGUGUUUCGCUCCCACAGCCAAAGCGUCUAAAAGACUUGAAGAUAAGACCACUGUCGAGCUCCCAGAGACGAAUCUGGUUCCUUCAAAAUUUCUUACCGGAUAAGACAGUGUACAACUUGCUCUUAGUCUGCCACAUAGACGGAUCAGUUGAUCCUGAAUUACUAGCUAGGACGUGGACGGUAUUCAUGCAAAGGCAUGAGGUUCUCCAUUCGAGGAUUGUUGACACGCCUGACGGCCUGCAGCAAAUACCGAAUGAAGAAUUUGAGUUCCCGCUGAUUGUAAUGGACUGCCUUGACCACAAAUUCAAUGAAAAUGUCAAACAACUAACGACUGGAGCCAAAAGUCACAUUUUCAACCUUGAGAAAGGAGAGGUAAUCCGGGGCUGGGUUCUCCGCUCCUCGGAGCACGCUCGCUUCUUCCUUGCUUCUCAUCAUAUUGCCUGGGAUCGCUCCUCGGUACCAGUUAUUUUCUCUGAGACAAUGGCAAUUUACAAAUCUUUAUUGAAUGGCCAUGAUCCCCAAGCUUCACUGCAACCUGUUCCAUAUCAGUUCAUUGACUACACUGUCUGGCAAGAGCAAUUCUUGAGUGAGAAAGCUCUUGUCCGACCAUUGAUUGACUUUUGGAAGCAGACACUCGACGGUGUACCAGAGGCCGUAGGUCUACUCCCGCUUUCAAAAAUUGACAAACGACCAACGAUGAAGCAAUACAAUGUCGGAACACUUACACGAACUUUGAGCACUUCCCUAUCGUCGAACAUCAAGGAAUUCUGCAAGCGAAAGGGAGUUACCCCGUUCAUGUUUAUUGCUGCAGCACUCUCAUCACUAGUAAGCCGUCUGAACGGUGAACAAGAUAUAGUCAUCGGCAUCCCGGAUGGCGAUCGUGGUCACUCAGCCUUCGAUAGGGUCGUUGGUUUUGCCGUGAAUAUGCUACCGAUAAGAAGCAAGAUCCAGACGGAUGCGUCAUACGAUACAAUUCUCGAAAAUUAUCGCAAUACUUGUCUACGUGCCUACGAACAUCGAGCCAUGCCUUUCGAUUACCUUGUGCAGAUACUAGAAGUCCCCCGACGGACAAGCCACACCCCUGUUUUUCAAAUUACGGUGAACUACCAGAUCCAGGGCUCAUUUCCAGAAGCCGACUACGGUUCAUUCAAGUAUAUCAAGUACGAUCACUACAACGCCAAGACUCAGUCAGAUCUCUCGUUAGAAGUUGAGGAGCUCUCUUCUGGAGAACUACUCUGCACAUGGGAGUUCGACGAGGAUCUUUAUGAUGUUCUGGGGGUAUCUGACCUGGCAGAUAUGUACCGUGUCUUUAUUGAGGAUAUCAUUGAGAAAGAUGGUCAGAUCAAGUUGGAAGAUGUCCGCAUCACAUCUGAUUCUGAUUUGGCUCAAAUUAAGUCUAUUUUGCAGCCAGGGUAUGAGAAUGAACCCUCUUUGGAGGACCUCAACAAGAGCUUGUUUCCGGAGCUGUUCCGCCUCGCGGUUAGCCGAUACCCUGAUAAGUUGGCUCUGGCUGAUGAGCAAGGGUGUCUCACAUAUCGCGACCUAGAAUUGCAAACUAAUGCGAUAGCUAACCGACUCAUCAGCAGUGGCACCAAGGUCGGGGACGCGAUUGCUAUCUGCUGUGAACAAAAUCGUGAAUUAUUGAUCGGUAUCUAUGGCAUCUUAAAGGCCGGGUGUGGCUAUGUUCCAAUUGACCCCGAUUUUCCCGUUGAACGCAUUCAGUCAAUGAUCGAAGAUACCGGUGUUCAGAGAGUUAUGGUGGAAAAUACAGCUGAUGCGAAGAGUCAGCGGAUCCUUGCUUGCGGUAUCUGCAUCUCACAUAUUUUUGAGAUCCACGCCACUCGCACAGCAGUGGAUGCGGACACGAGCUCACCGAAACUGGAUCGUACAAUCACUCACUUGGAUCCCCUAUGCUGCAUCUUCACAAGCGGAAGUACUGGCCGCCCGAAAGGUGUGUUCUUGAAUCACGGACAGCUACGAUAUCAAAUGGAAGGAUACAAUAAAUUUAUUGGUGUAAACUCGGAGAGCAGAAUCCUUCUGUCGUCUGCUGUGGUCUUUGACCUCCACCUUGUGGCCGUGUAUGGUACGAUACUACGCGGUGCUAGCGUAUUCGUCGCUUCAAGAGAAGCACGUUAUUCGCCUGCAAAGAUGGUUCACACGCUCGUUGAUCAACGUAUAUCAAGUUGCAUAUUCACUCCAACACAAGCAAAGAUGAUAUUCAGUGCACCGAACAAGGUGAAACUACUCCAAUGGGUUGAUAUUAAGUCCUUCGUCCUUGGAGGAGAAACAAUUCCUCCAUGGUUUGUGCGCGAAUUUUAUAAGCUCCUGCCACAUGCCAAACUCUACAACGGCUACGCACCUUCGGAAACGACAGUUGUGAACUCUUUAAGACUUAUUCCUCCCGAGGAUUCGCAGAGACCGAGUGUGCCCGUUCAGGGACCAAUUUUCCCUUCUCGUUUCUACAUCCUUGAUAGCAAGAUGCAACCAGUCCCAAUUGGUGUUCCGGGAGAGUUAUACAUUGCAGGACCAAAUGUUUGCCAUAGGUACUUAAAUCGGCCUGAAAUAACAGCAAGGGCGUUCUCAGAAGAUCAGUGGGCACCCGAAACAGAGACAACACUCGGCUAUGGUAAGAUAUAUCGUACUGGCGACAUGUUACGUUUGAGCCGUGACGGCACUGUCGACUUCCUGGGACGGAUUGGCAGUGAUCGCCAAGUUAAAAUUCGAGGCAUGCGCACAGAGUUGGAAGAGAUUGAGAAUGCCAUUGUCCAUGCAUAUGACUCUGCGGAGGACGACGAAGAUAUUCCGAAGCUGGGUCUUGUAGCAACUGUGUAUCAUCGCAUUGGAGAUUACGACGGUGUCUUAACUGCGUAUCUCACAACAGCCGAUGGUAGCGUAGUAUCUGAACAAGAACAGCAAAAGUUCAUAGGAUAUCUUCGCCUCUCAUUGAAAUCCGUCCUACCGCCACACAUGCUUCCUGCAGCUUAUGUAUUCGUUCCGGAUCUUCCACGGACCGCCAGUGGAAAAGUCGAUUACAAGACCAUCGUCGCGUGGCCUGUUCCCUCAAUUUUGACCAAUAAUUCAGCACAACCAGUUCAUGGUAACGUGCUCACCGAAACUCAAUUGCUAAUUGCUUCUAUAUGGAAAGAACUACUCGCUAUUUCUGGUGAACUGAAUGCAAGUGACGAAUUUUUUGCAUUGGGAGGGCACUCCCUGCUCAUGGUACCGCUUCAGCAGAAAAUUAAAGAAGCUUUUGGAGUCUCGCUUAACCUGGCCGAUAUGUUUGCCUACCCUUCAAUCUCUGGAUUCGAGGAACUCAUACUAAGCAACCCUGGAUAUCGGUAUGGCCAGGGUCAAGCUGGCACUUCUAAGUCUAAGAACACUAUCGAUUGGGCGAAAGAAACAUCCCUUCCUGAGCAUACUGAAUGGGAGAUCACUGAUUAUCAAUUCAAAUCACCUUUAAUCCUGGUUGUCACGGGGGCGACAGGCAUGACCGGAGCGCAUUUCGUGCAUCAUACCCUCACCACCACUAACAAUAUUGUUCACUGUAUCGCAGUUCCUAAUAACGAGAACGUGAUGGACCCGAAACAGGGAGUUCUGGACGCUUUUGUUAAGUGGAACUUGGAACUUCCCAACACCAAAGCUGAAUAUUACGAGCGGAUCGUAGCGUACCACGGAAGCCUGUCCGAUCCACUACUUGGGCUGUCCCCUGCUCAAUGGAACUUCCUAGAUAGCCAAGCGGAUGCAAUCUAUCAUCUCGACUCGGAAGUUUCGCUACUGAAAAAUUACGAAGAUGUUCGCGCAGGGAACGUAGGUGCCGUGAAAUGUCUCGUAGAUCUGGCUCGGGGCAAGUUAUCUGGGCGAGUCAAGCCACUAAACCAUUUGUCAACGUGGGGAGUGCCCCAUUUGCAGACUUGGGCGACCACGAAACUGACAAGUGAUGAAUAUCUGACUGGAGAAGAAGAAAUGGUCAAUAUGACACCCGGUCCAGAGAGUAGUUUGGGCUACCUCAAGUGCAGAUGGGUCUGCGAGUCACUGUUGUACCUAGCUGCUGAGCGAGGAUUGCCAGUUCGUAUCUACCGGUCUUGCAUGGUUGCAACUAAUCCAUCCUCCCAGAGAGGCCUGGAUCGAGCGGACAUAAACAGACGUAUUUUGGAGUCAGUGCUUGAGACGGGUCUAAUCCCUGAUUUCAAUAGCGGCCUCGGUGGUGGAAUGAGCUGGAUUGAUUUACAGUUCCUGAUAAAGAGUAUCGACUUCCUUUCACGCCGUCCAACUGACAAUAGUGGAAGACGGGCCGAGAUUUAUAACAUUGUAUCCGAUAAUCAUAUACGCUACAACAAGGAGUUAAUUCGUGUGUUGGGAACUUCAUACCAAGGUAACAAAUUGCGUGUAGUUGAACCAAAAGAAUGGGCAGCAGAGCUAUACAAAACUGGAAAUCCAGAGAUGGUGAUGCAUGCGGAAGUUUUGGAAUCGUGGUACAACGCUCACUGGGCGCCUAUUCCAUUGAAAGCGGAAAAGACAUUACAAUUGCUGAGGGAUGAGGCUGGUUUGGUGCCGCCGAAAGUAGAUCGGCAGUUUGUUCUCGAACAAAUAAUUGGGCAGCCUGGAUUUUGA